AUGGCAGCCCCUCGACGGCGGCCUCUGCGCGUGCUCAUCAGCGGCGGCGGCAUCGCCGGCCCAGCGCUGGCCCUGUGGCUGUCGCGGAUCUCGCCGGCGGCGCUCGAGUGCGACAUCACCAUCGUGGAGAAGCACGCGACGCUGCGGUCCAACGGGCAGCAGAUCGACCUGCGCGACCAAGGCAUCGACGCGGUGCGGCGGCUGGGCAUCUUCGACGCGGUGCGGGCGCGCGUGGUGCACGAGCCGGGCAUCGAGCUGCGCGGCCGCGCCGGCCGCCGCGUCGCCUACUUCGCCGCCAACACGUCGGGCUCGGGCCGCCAGAGCUUCUCGAGCGAGUUCGAGAUCAUGCGCGGCGACCUGUGCGAGAUCCUGUACGACGGCACCCUCGCCGCCGCCGCCACCACCGCCCACGCCGUGCGCUACGUCUUCGACUGCACCGUCGCGAGCUUCACGCAGACGCCCGACGCCGUGCGUGUGCGUCUCUCCGGGCCCGGCGCGGGUACGCCCGCCGCCACGGCCGCCGGCGACGAGUUCGACGUGCUCGUCGGGGCCGACGGCAUUGGCUCGCGCGUGCGGCGGCAGCUGAUGCCGCUGCUCGACGCACACCAACUUAACAGCAACCAACUCAACAGCAACGACGACGCCGGCAGCCGCGACGCCGCCGACCGCGCGGUCCGCGUGCCGCUGGGGUGGGCGGUCGCCUUCUUCUCGAUCCCGGCGCGCGCGGGCGACCCGGUCGCGGCGACCGCGACGCACCUGCCGGGGCGGCGGGUGAUCAUCACGCGCAAGGACGCGCCCGACUCGCUGCGCGUGUACCUGAGCCUGGGCAGCAAGCCUGAUGAUGGCGGCGAUGUGGCCGCGCGCCGCCUCGACGCCGUCAUCAAGACCGGCUCCGUCGCCGAGCAGAAGCGCGCGUGGGCCGACCUGUUCGCGCCCGCGGCUGAAGCCACCGCCCAGCUGCCGCGCUACCUCGACGCGCUGCUGCAUUCCCCCGUGGCCGAUGACUUUUACACGCAGCUGCUCGGCCAGGUGCGCGCCGAGGCCUGGUCCAAGGGCCGCGUGGUGCUGCUCGGCGAUGCUGGAUAUUGCCCCUCGCCGCUGUCGGGGCUAGGCACCACGGUGGCCAUUGUCGGCGCGGGCGUGCUUGCCGGCGAGCUGGUAAAGGCCUGCGGUGCCGGUUCGGACGCUGGCGGUGAUGAUGGCCCCGGCCAAGGCGUCCCUGCGGCGCUGGCCGCGUACGAGCGCGAGCUGCGGCCGUUCAUCAAGACUUCGCAGGAGACUCAUUUUGCCGGCCCCCUGCUCGCUAUGCCUGCCACGGCGUGGGGCAUCAGCGUGCUGCACUGGCUCGCGUGGCUGGCUAUGGCGGCCCGCGUUGAUAAGAUUGCGGCGUGGUUGCAGGGGCCGCCAAAGUACAAGUGGAAUAUGCCAGAGUAUCCGGAGCUGGGGUCUGGCGGUGGAAAUGCUGGCUGA